UUGUUGACGUUUUUCACCGUUUGUUUUAUAAGUUUGAAAACUGCUUUUAAGUUAAUUAUAAUUGUUUUAUGCACUAAUUGAUAAGAUUGUGUUUGAUAUUACGAUUUGAUUCAGCAGUUACGUGUAACAGUGACAAUGACCCAAUAAGUUUACUGUUUCUUUGUGUUCAUGAUUAUAUCCUUUUUUAAACCACAGAAAUGUCUACAAAUAUACAAGUAGCAAUAAGAAUACGUCCCCUCAUCGCGAGUGAGGAGGCCAAAAAGCUUCAGGUGCAGUGGGGCACCCAAAAGAACAACAUUUUCCAAAUUGACGACAAUGGGCAAAAGUUUGGAGACGUCUUCAGCUUUGACCACAUUUUCGGAGUUGAUAAAACAAACACGGACAUUUAUGACAACAUUGUGAAGGAUUUUGUGGAAUCGUCUUUAAACGGCUUAAAUUCGACUAUCUUUGCCUAUGGACAGACGUCUUCAGGCAAAACUUACACAAUGCUCGGGGACAAGAAGCAUAGAGGGAUCAUGUCCUUGGCUAUCGAAAAUAUUUUCGAGCAUAUUGAAAAUAGUACAGACCGGAAAUUUUUAAUCAGAGUGUCGUACAUUGAAAUUUACAAUGAGAAAAUUUACGACCUGCUUGAUCCCUCAAACAAGGAGGUGAAGAUACGCGAAUUCUUCCCCGCGACUAUCGGUUUACAAAACAUUAAGGAAGAAAUUGUUACAAGCAGGAAGCAAAUGUACGAAUGUCUUAGGACCGGAACUUUGAACCGGCACAUUGCCGGAACCAAAGCCAAUGAUAGGAGCAGUCGGUCGCAUACUAUUUUCAAGAUCACGAUUGAAUCCACUCAAGUCUCCGAUUUUACUAGCGGGCCCGUUCAGGUUUCAAGCCUCAAUUUAGUGGACCUUGCGGGUUCCGAGAGGGUUGCUCAAACGAAGGCCACCGGAGUGCGGCUUAAGGAAGGCAGCCACAUAAAUAAGUCACUGUCAGCUCUGGGUCUAGUGAUCAGACAACUGAGUGAUGGUCAAGAAUUUAUCAAUUUUCGUGAUUCAAAGUUAACAAGACUUCUGCAAGACUCUCUCGGCGGUAACUCCAAAACUUUGAUUAUUGCAACAAUCACACUGGCGUCGAUUGAAGAUACGUGUUCCACGUUGGCUUUUGCACAACGAGCUAAAGCUGUGAAAAAUAAGCCACAUGUCAACGAAAUUUUAACAGAUGCUGACUUGAGUAAACGCUAUGCUAGUCUGAACUCACAGUUGCAAAAGAAAUUGGAAGAACAACUGCGAAUAAACCAGAAAUUACAAGAAACACAAGAAGUAAAUGUGAGGGAAAUGAGCAGAUUGCAACAGCAGAUGGAAUUAAUUGAACACUUUCAGCGAGGCAAAAUUAGUGAAAUUCCUUCUAUUCCAAAAAGAAGGCACACAAUCGGGUUUGCAACACCAAUGCCAUUAUCAUCCAUUGUUUUUAAACCUGACUGUGAUACAUCAAAUCAAGAUCCACAUAGUUUAUUGUUUUUGGACGAAUUCUCUUCAAAAGAUCACACAGCUUUAGGAAAUACUCUUGAAACAAUUGUGGAGGAAGACUUUAUUACACCAAUGAAAAGGAAUUUGGAAAAACAGAGGCGUAGUUCUUAUAGCAGUGUUUGUAGUGAAUUUCCAGUUGAAGAUAACGAUGCAUUGAAAAAGAUUACGGAACUAGAAGAAGAGAUUUAUAAUGAGAAACAAAAGCAACAAGAAUGUGAAAUUCAGCUGAAAGAAUUAAAUGACAAAUUUAAAUUAAGAGAAGAGGAUCUUUGUAACAAAAUUUUGGAAUUAGAAAAAAAAUUAGAAAAUGAAAACUCCGACAAUUUCUAUUCUACAAUUAUUGGUUUUAAAGAUCAAUUACUUUAUUUACAACAAAUACUAAGUAAUGAAAAAAUUGAAACAGAGUUUUCGAAUUCAUACUCGGAGAAAGAUUUGACAAAUAAGUCAUAUUCUUUAGAACUGAGUGAGGUAAAAGAGUGUGAUGAGCUACACUUAGAAUUAAUGGAUAAGGAACAAGAAGAAAGAAAAUGUUUGAGCAUUUUAGAAGAGAAUGAGAAACUGAAAAUGGAAUUAAUUCAUUACGAAACUAAAAACAAAUUUCUAACCGAUGAACUUGAUAGACUAACAACUGAAAUUAAACAAAAACAUACUUUGAAGAAUUCAAAUGAAAUGGAGCUGACACUUGACGAAUAUGAAUUAAAGCAGGAUUACAUCAAACUAAAGAACGAAUUCACUGCUUCUUGUACAGAAAACGAAUUUUUGCAAAAAUCCAAUGAAGAAAUGAAAAGGAAAAUUGAAAAAUAUGAUUCUUUAAAGCAAGAGUACAUACAAUUAAAGAACGAUUUGACUACUUCUCGUACAGAGAACGAUUCUUUGCUAAAGUUAAUUGAGGAAAUGAAGGGGAGAAUUGAGGAAUAUCAUUCGUUAAAUAUUCAACUGCAGAACAAAUUGAGUACUUCUGGUGUAGAAACAAACUCCCUGAACAACUCAAAUGAAGAAAUGAACAGAAAAACUGAAGAAUAUGAUUCGUUAUCGCAACAGUACAUCCAACUAAAGAACGAAUUAACUUCUUCUAGUACAGAAAAAGAGUUUUUGCUGAAGUCAAAUGAGGAAAUGAGAAGGAGAAUUGAAGAAUAUGAAUUGUUAGAGCAACAAUACAUACAAUUCAAGAACGAAUUCACGACUUUGUGCACAGAAAACGACGCUUUGCAAAAUUCAGUUGAGGAAAUGAAGAGGGGAAUUGAAGAAUAUCAGUCGUUAAAGUCGGAGUACAUUCAACUUCAGGACGAAUUCAAUGCUUUCUGUAGUGAGAAAGAAUCCUUGAAAAAAUCAAACGAGGAAAUGAAAAAAAGAACUGAAGAAUACGAAUUGUUAAAGCAGCAAUACAUACAACUGAAGAACGAAUUUAACGCUUCUUGUACCGAAAAAGAUUCCUUGCAAAAAUUAAACGAAGAAAUAAAAAGGAUAGUCGAAGAAAAUGAAUCGUUAAAGCAGGAGUACAUUCAAUUAAACAACAAAUUCAAUGCUUCGUGCACUGAAAAGGACUCCUUGCAAAAAUCAAAUGAAGAAAUGAAGCGGAAAAUUGAAGAAAAUGAAUCGUUAAAGGAGGAAUACGUCCAACUGAAGAACGAAUUUUCUGCUACUUGUAGAGAAAAAGAGUCCUUGCAAAAAUUAAAUGAAGAAAUCAAAAGAAGAAUUGAAGAAAGUGAAUCGUUAAAGCAGGAAUAUAUCCAGUUGAAGAACAAAUUUGAUGCUUCGUGCACUGAAAAGGACUCCUUGCAAAAAUCAAAUGAAGAAAUGAAGCGGAAAAUUGAAGAAAAUGAAUCGUUAAAGGAGGAAUACGUCCAAUUGAAGAACGAAUUUUCUACUACUUGUAGGGAAAAAGAGUCCUUGCAUAAAUUAAACGAAGAAAUUAAAAGAAAAAUUGAAGAAAGUGAGUCGCUAAAACAGGAGUAUAUCCAGUUGAAGAACAAAUUCAAUGCUUCGUGUACGGAAAAGGAUUCCUUGCUAAAAUCAAACGAAGAAAUGAAGAGGAAAAUUGAAGAAAAUGAAUCGUUGAAGCAGGAAUAUGCUCAACUGAAGAACGAAUUAUCUGCUUCUUGCAGAGAAAAAGAGUCCUUGCAAAAAUUAAUUGAAGAAAGUAAGAGAGAAGUCGAAGAAAGUGAAUCGUUGAAGCAGGAGCACAUUCAAUUGAAGAUCAAAUUUAAUGACUUGUGUGCUGAAAAGGACUCUUGGCAAAAAUCAAAUGAAGAAAUGAAGCGGAAAAUUGAAGAAAAUGAAUCGUUAAAGGAGGAAUACAUCCAACUGAAGAACGAAUUUUCUGCUACUUGUAGAGAAAAAGAGUCCUUGCAUAAAUUAAACGAAAAAAUUAAAAGAAAAAUUGAAGAAAGUGAAUCGUUAAAGCAGGAGUACAUCGAGUUUAAGAACAAAUUCACUGCUUUGUGUACGGAAAAGGACUCCUUGCUAAAAGUAAAGGAAGAAAUGAAGAGAAGAAUUGAAGAAAAUGAAUCGUUAAAGCUUGAGUACGCCCAACUGAAGAACGAAUUCAAAGUUUCGUGCACAGAAAAAGACUCUUUGAAAAAAUCAAAUGAAGAGAUGAGGAUGAUAAUUGAAGAACAAAAGAAAAAAAUAGAGAAUAUGAAAAUAUGUAACGACAAAUUAAAUUUAGAAAUUCGCAAUAAAGAAACAAACUCAAAAGAACAGUUGUGCACUAUGUCUAGUCAAAAUAAUUACUUGAAAAAUGAACUCGAAAAACUAAAAAACGAAGUUGCUGACCAAAAGCGAAUUAUUAGUGCGAACAAGGAAAAAUUGCAUUGUAACGACUUGGAAUUACAAAAGCAAAAACGUCGUCUUCUGGAAGGGGAAGAGCAUGUAAAAGAAUUGGAAUACAAAAUAAGGCAAUCCUCCGAGAAGGAGUCGAAUUUUCGAACGAUAAUAGAAGCACAGAACGUUACAAUUGACAAAUUAAAUUUAAAGUAUCGGAAUAUUUUAGGUAGUAUUAUGGAGUAUUUUAUCUCUGAGCAGAAGUCUUUAUUGCUUAUCCGUCAUUCUCAAGACGAAAGAGAAAAUUUCAAAAGUAUUAUAAGAGAUCUCAAAACAAAUAAUGCAACUUUGAAAAGUCAGGUUGAGCAAUUACGAAACGAAAACAACUGUGAUUUGUGUGCAAUUCAAGAAACUAUAAAAAAAUCUCAUCUAAUUUUCAAAGAUUAUUUUUCUUUGGAAAAAACAUUUCUCAAAGCCCAGAUUAUUGACUUAGAAAACACCAACGAAGAAUAUUUGAAGGAAAUGAUGGCUCUUAAAGAUCAGCAACGAAACGAUUCGACAGAAGAUUGUUCAAAUUGUGAUAAGUUGCAAAACGAAAUUACAAGACUGACUGAGGUAGCAACCUCUCAAGAUAAACUGGUUGUUACAUUAGAAAAAGAAAAUUCUACCUUGCGGAAAGAACGAUUUGAAUCCGUGAAACAGGUUGUUCAUUUACAACAACAAAUUUUUGACGAACAAGACAAAAAGAGUGAACUUCAAUAUACAGAGUGGAUGAAAUUUCUCCAAGAUAACAACAAAUUGCAACAACAAGAAAUUCGAGAGUUAAAACGCAAGAUUAAGAAAUAUGAAAACAUGCACAGUCGCAGUGUAAACAAACAGUCAGUUGGAACAGAAUGUAAUUUACUUGGUGCACCAGCAACGGAAAUCGAUAAAUCCAAAAAUGUUAGAGUAGAGGACGUACAAAAUGGCUGUUUGCAUUUUAGUGGGAAGAUCUCUACUAUACAUGCUGAAGUUCAGUGUAACAUAUUUAGCGAACCAUCGGCGCUACAAGAAAAGUACGAUCUUCUGAAACAAAUUUAUAGGAAAAAAAAUAACGAAAUCCAAUCACUUAAUGCUGAGAUAAAUCAACUUAAAUUAAAAGUUAGCAGUUUGUAAUUUUUUAUAUAGCUACUUAACAAAUGUUAAAUAUACAUAAAUAAAUAUUAUUUUCGACUA